UAAUUGCAAAAAAUUUCUUGCAGGAUUGUCAUUGGAACACUACAAGAUCUAGAUGGGGAUAGAAAAUGUUUUAGAAUGUUCGGAGGAGUAUUAUGUCAAAGGACUGUCAAAGAUGUUCUCCCCAACCUAAUAUCCACUCGUGAUCAGUUGAAGAACCUGAUCGAAACUCUGAACGAUCAGCUAACAAAAAAAGGAGCGGAAAUUAACGAGUACAAAGAAAAAUACGACAUUCGAUUUCAAAGAGAAAUGGGAGGUCCUUCAGGAAGUGGUGGUGGGGUGGAGGAGCAAGCCAAGAAGGAGGGGAGAAGAAAUCAGAACCUUCGAGAAACGUCAUCAUGGUGAAUCCAAUGUAAAUAACAUUAUUAUAAUAAUUGAUGGACAAGUGAACAAUGUGAUCGAACGUUAUAGAGUUGCGAGUGAACACCGAGUGCUUGAAUAAUAUCAACGAAUUGGACUAUUCAUUUUCUGUGAAUUCGUUGAUCAUCAUUGUUUUAUCUUAUUAAAACUCUUCCAAUGAGAUGUCACAAAUCUCUAAGCUAAUCAACUUUUCACGGCAUAGAAAUUCUCACAGUAUUAGUUCUUGUUUUCAAGCAAUUCAAUCAUAGGAGAAAACGUGAGACUUGAAAAUCGUUUUUUUAUAAUGUUAUUUAAAUUGCUUUACUAACGUUGUGUUGUGAUAGUAAUAUUCAUUGUUGUUCUUACUUAGCCUCGAAUUAAUGUAAUGCUUCAGAAAUCUAAUGUGAGAUAAGAACUGAUGGAUUAAAAAGUACGUUGAUUGGCAACAUUU